AACCCGCCCCGCGCACGCGUCGCACGCGCCGCACGCGUCCCGCGUCUCGCGCACGCGCAGGCCCCUCCCCGCGGCCAAUUGGCGUCGCCAGGGCUUAUCCGGCGCUUAUCUGUUGUGCGUCCGCCGGCGCGCGUCAGUUGGUCGGGGUCCGGGGUUGAGGCUACGCGCUGUGUUGGGCCUCGCACACGAGUAUCGGUCCCCCGCCCGCUCUCCUCGGAGCGUCCGGCGCCCACCCGGCCCCGGCCCCGACCCCGACUCGCGGUCGCAGCGCCGUCGCUUAGGCGCCAUGUCUCAGAGCGGGACUCCCGGACUGCAGGAGGAGAACUUGCAGGGCUCCUGGGUGGAAUUGCAUUUCAGCAAUAAUGGGAAUGGGAGCAGCAUUCCAGCCUCUGCUUCUAUUUAUAACGGUGACCUGGAAAAAAUCCUGCUGGACGCCCAGCACGAAUCUGGACGGAGUAGCUCCAAGAGUUCUCACUGUGACAGCCCGCCUCGCUCACAGACUCCGCAAGAUACGAACCGAGCCUCGGAGAUAGACGCCCACAGCGUGGGAGAAAAGAACAGUUCUCAGUCCGAGGAAGAUUAUAUCGAGAGGAGGAAAGAAGUCGAGAGCAUCUUGAAGAAAAACUCCGACUGGAUAUGGGACUGGUCCAGUCGGCCGGAAAACAUCCCCCCCAAGGAGCUCCUCUUCAAGCACCCGAAGCGCACGGCCACGCUCAGCAUGAGGAACACGAGCGUGAUGAAGAAGGGGGGCAUCUUCUCGGCGGAGUUCCUGAAGGUCUUCCUCCCGUCCCUGCUGCUCUCGCACCUGCUGGCCAUCGGGCUGGGGAUCUACAUCGGAAGGCGUCUGACCACCUCCACCAGCACCUUCUGAUGAAGAAUCAGAGCCCGGCUUUUCCCCGCGGCCGGAUCGCCGUGGGGGCCGCGGCAGCACCGACGGAGGCCUGUCCCGACCCCAGGAAGCUGCACCACUUGGUUCUGUAAACGCUGCGUUUCCGCCUUUAGUGAGAUGAAAGAAAAGACCGAAGAACCAGGCUAACCCGUAAUCGUAUCCGUGGGAUCAGUUAGUGCGCAUGUCGUGUUGGUUAACAUCUGCUGUAAUAAUUCGGUAGUAAAUUCUCUUUGGGUAUUAUAAGUAAAUAAUUUUAACAUGCUAGAUACGAUGUAUGUAGUAUUCUGGCAGAUUAUCUGUAACCAAUAAUUCAGUUAAAAUACUUUAUAUUUGCAAAGAAUGAAUGUUUAUUAAAAUGACUACAUGAGGGGUUUAUCCCAAGUAAAUAUUGUGGCCUUAUAUUCACACUCUUAUAGGAAAGACUACAUUCAAGUGGAUGCAGGUUGUCUCCUAAAGACAUUUAACUCUUUUUAACGCAGAGUUCUUUGUCACGCCGUGGGAUCCCGGAACAAACGCAGGUUCCGCUGUACUGUUGGGACACGAAGCCGUGCGUCCCUGCGGGGGGGGGGGCUUCCGUCUGGGUGGCCACCUUGGACACUCGCCUCCUGCCCAGGGCCCCUGUCCGUGUCCUCCUCUCCACUCACUCUGGAUCGCUGGAUCUAGUCCUCCCCGUGGUGUUGGGGUUUCGUGUGCUCUUAGAAUCUGUUCCAUUCUGAGCAAACCUGUGUCUACUUCAAAAGACUGGAAAUAGAGAAAAAAUAAAUCUUUGCCAAAUCCU